AUGUUACCAGCAUGCAAUCUUAACACAUUCUCAUUGCGUGGUGGUAAACCAACCUUUCCAGAGCAGCUAGGUGUCACCCGUCCCCUCUGCCAAGACAAGUAUUACGCCACUCUCCACGAUAAUAAUUUGGGAAUUGCACGUUACGCACUCUACAAGAUUACCGCCGAAGACGCCAUGAAACCCAAAGUACCAAGACCUCAAGGUGACCCAUGGCAACCGAAUCAGACCCCAGGUAAGGUAACUAGUGUUACUAUUAUAAUUUACUUUUGUGUCAAAGAAAUUUAGGGGGAAAAAAGACAUUUCUUAUUCCAGUGCCACAAUGUUUUGCCAUUUUAGGGCAAAAGAACGCGCUGGAUAUGCCACGGUAUUACACCGUGGAACUAAGCAAAAAUACGGACAGCAGGCGAACGAAGUGGCUGCGCUAACAAACCAAACUUUUUUUCGCCUUUUGGGACUAACUUUUCAAGAAAAAAGCUCCUGAGUGCCUAAGUGUACCAGGUUUUGCUUCGGUCACGAAGUCUACUUUAAUUGUUUCGUUCGUGCUGUUUUCGCCUUUCACGCACUUCUUAAGUGAUCGAUAAGUUGUUGAGAUGAGGCCGAGUGUUUCGUAAACUUAAAUCUCAAACGCUAGAAAAUAUAUGUUGAUAUGUUGCGAUGGGGGGGGAAAGCCUGCUUCGUGAUGACUGAGCAAUCACGAAAUAGGCUUGUGGGGAUGAAAUAAUAGUCUCUCUGUUUUUCCCCCUAUCGCAACAUACAUCUACUCCUAUGUAUCGAGCACUGUAAAACGGAUAAAACAAUACACAGACUUCCAUUAUAUAUAUAUAUAUAUAGAUAGAUAGAUAGAUAGAUAGAUAGAUAGAUAGGUAGAUAGGUAGAUAGGUAGAUACAUACAUACAUACAUUCAUAGAAAGAAAGAUAUUAGGUAGAUAUAGAUUUACAUAAUGCGUCAUUACACUAUCACGCCAUUUUACCACAUUAGGACAACGGUACACGCAAAAAAUGCGACGGAGUUACACUGCAGGUACAAUAGGGCAAAAAUACGAAUGGAAAGAGCAGAAACUUGUGGGAAAUGUCAUGCAUGAUCGAUUUUUUAAUCAUGUUGAGCAAAUCAUUACUUUCACUUAUCUGAGAUCUUUCACUUUAACAUCUCGUGACUGUGAUCGGAAGGGUAAGAACUUUAUUUACCUAGCGGAUCAAUCGGGAGCAAAAUUUCUUGACUAGUGAGUGACAUCAGUGUACUUUAAACCUGUCUCAUGUUCAGGGAUUCAUCAAGGAAGUAAAGCAUUGCAUCAGAACCACCCUGGUUCUGGUCUUUUAGUCUUUCACGCAUUCCCUAUGCAAUCGAUAAGAUGCUGAGAUGAGGUUAUACGAGUAUUUCGUUUUCUCAUCAAAAGGAGACACUUUUUGAUGAGAAAUUAAACAAAAGAUUUUAUUGCAUUUAAUUUUUUUUUCAAAUUGCAACGUUUUUGAAUACAGGUGUAUAUACAUAUAUAUACAUGAAUGUGUUUUUAUAUAUAGAUAGAUAGGUGAAUAGAUGGGUGAGUAGUUAGAUAGAUUUUACCACGUACAUUAGGGCAACGGUAAACGCAAAACAUACGACGGUAUUACACUGGAGGUACAAUGGGGCAAAAAUACGGAUGGAAAGAGGAGAAACUUGUGGGAAAAGUCGUGCAUGAUGGUUAAAUAAUUUUAAGCAAAUCAUUUCCUGGACUAAUCUGAGAUAAUUCUAUUUAACAUUUCGCAACCGUGAUUGGGAGGGUGACAACUUUAUUUACCUAGCGGAUCAAUCGAGAACGAAAUUUCUUAGCUUGUGACUGACAUCAGUGUACUUUAAAACUCUUUCAUGAUCAGGAAUUCGUCAGGGAAGCAAAGAAUUGUAUCAGAACCAACCUUUCCAAGAUAGAUACGAGAGAGGCCUCCUAGUUCCCGUUAAAAUCUUACGUUACAGCCUUGAAAGUGCCCUUGCCACAUUUACCUACACCAACUGCGUGCCGCAAAUUGCAAAUUUCAACAGAGGUCAGUGGAAAAGGUACGAACUGAGAAUAGAGAAAUACGCCCGGAAAAAUUGUUCUCGGAACGGCGAAACCCUUUUCCUAAUCACUGGCACAUCGAAGGUUAAGUUUCUCCGGAAACGUGAUCGUCAAGGUAAAAUAAAAGCAGCCAAAGGGAUGGAGCCUCUGCAGUGGUUCCAUAACAACGUGGAUGUAAACAAGAAUCUCGGACCAAAGAUCGCAAUUCCAAACUCAAUGUGGACGGUGGGCUGUUGUUUGAACUUAAAAAAGAAUAAAGUCGUGGGAGUGUUUGGUGUAAUGGGUGAUAAUUCUUUAAAUCAACAGCUCUUAAAUGAAUUUAUGAUGUCCGAACAAAACGUCGCAUAUGUUGAAAGCACCCUUCAACUAGAGGAUCCAAAUAUUAAGCUGUUUCCUAACGGCGACGAUUGCUAUAAGCCAGAAAAAAACGUUCGAUUGAUUGAGAUAUGA